UUCUAGACUGCUACUUGAUAUCCUCCGAACAGGAGGCUAAUCAUAUUCUCGCUGUGUCACGUGAUAUGACGACCCAGGGUGGACCCAUCCAUUCUCUAAAAAGAUUGGCCUCGACUAACAGGGGAGGCGUGUUGUCUGAGCACAAGGCCUUGAGCCGGGAACUUCUGUCCCUGACUGAGAGACACAUGGUGUGCCUCAAACAUCUUCAGGAGGUGAAGGAGAGCGGAAUAAUGGCCAUGGCUGCCUCUCGUAAUUAUGAAAGGAGAAUAAGCGAGCUGAAGGCUGAGCUAGUGAAAGUGGGGGAAAGGUCCAAGACGUCUCAGCAAAGUAUGCUGGAGAAGAAAGUCCGGACUCUGGAGUCCAAGCUGGUUAAACACAAUCAGAAGGAGCAGACCCACAAAGCCCGUUAUGAGUGCCUGUUGAAAGAGGAAAGCGAGCUUGUGAACAGGCUGAGAAAGACCUCUGACCAUGCAUGUCAAGAAGCAUGUGACCUGCAGAAGAGUCAGUUGGAGUCCUUGAUCUCCAGUCUCAGAGACUUUGUUGUCAAGACAUGCUCGCCUGACAACGGUGACAGGAGCAGCUUCCUGAAGGCGGCCAUUGAUGACAUAGCUGUCGAUGACAUCAUCAAUGCCACCUGUGAUGUCACCUCACAGAAGUACAUCUUCCCAGAUGUUCAGGCCUGGCAUGGGAAGUUUGGCUUCUUGGAGAAAAUUCCAACCCCGUUCGUCCGAGCAUCGGAUGUGGCCCAUUAG